AUGCAAACUGGAAACGCUACCUCAUUUAGCGGCCUAGGCGCUUCAGGGGCUGAUCAAGAGCUGAGUAGAUCGCCACGCUUUACGCGCAACAGGAAUACGAAGAACUUGUCGCUAAGUAUCAGCAACUCUCCAACGCAGAGAGUUGGUGGCUUGGAAAGUGCUCUUCACGCUGAGAACCCACAGUCCUCGCAGGUGCGCCUUCAGGAGCCGGUUUCAUGCUCUAGUGACAAGCAGGCCCCCAAUGAAGCGCAUAUUUUUACACUUUCAAACGUUUUGAGCAACACCGCCGUCUCCCCUACCUCCACAUCGUUUUCUGCAGGGCUUUCGGGCUCAACAGAGCCCAAUGAUGUUAAAAGUCGCUUAAGGAGGGGCAUGUCUUUACCUCUACAGCUCAAAACCUCCUCAUCGCGCAACAGCUAUGACUCACAAUCUUUUGCGAAUAUAGGUCGUAUGUCCUCGCCGAUCGAGUCCCAAAGUUUGUCACUUGAACCACAACGAGGUAUUUCACGAACUACCACGUCUUGGGUUUGUCACAAGAACAAUGCUUCAAUAUCUUCUUCUUCUUCAGAAGAUGACAACAGCGCCUACAGCUAUAACGAAGGCUACCAAGUAAACGCAUACCCAGAGGGACCUUUACUGGUAAACGGUUCUUGCAUUUACCUGUGUUCUGAACCUACUUUUGAGGAACUUACGAGAUUUGAUGUUAUAGUCAACGUAGCUCAAGAGAUUACCAAUUAUCAAUCUAAGCUUCAACUGAAUAAACAAGCCGAUUAUCACUACGUUGAGUGGUCCCACACCUCGAAGAUAUGUGCUGAUUUGCCAAGGUUGACCCAAAUAAUACAUCAGGCCGCUCAGGCCAAUAAGAAGGUCUUGGUUCACUGUCAAUGCGGUGUAUCGCGGUCUGCUUCACUUAUUGUUGCAUACAUCAUGCGAUAUCAAAACCUACCUCUGAAUGACGCCUAUAAUAGGCUAAAGACUAUAGCUAAGGAUAUUAGCCCCAAUAUGAGCCUCAUUUUUCAACUGAUGGAAUGGAACGAAGCCUUGAGCACGCAGCGACAACGCUCGGUUCAGGAAGAACUACAAGCAGUUCAAAUAGACCCAAAAAGUAAGAACGCAGACAAGCCGGACUUGGAACCCUUGGAGAUUGCGAAUAUCAUUUCUCAGCAAAAUGCACAUGAUAUGACAAAGGUGGGUCUUUGCAGCCCCAAUUGCUCGAGCAUUUCUACCGAUAAUACCCCAUGCACGCCCAACGAGUUUCUUAAUUGCCACCAAAUUACUUCGAAUCCUUCAGCUAAUGGAAAGACUGCCAAUGAUUCGAGACCAAUGGUAUCCGGUCCGACACAGUAUUCUACUAUUUUUGAAUCUUUCAUCCCAUCCCCGGUGGAGAUUGGUGAAAAGACUCACACAAGGUGGGGCUAA